CUCGGGAAAGGGAAACGAAGGAGAGAAUAAAGGAGCACGUUGUGUUUUUCGUAAAUUUCUCAAAAACGUGAUUUACAUCCUUCACCCGUCUAAUGCCUGCGGAAAUGUCUGACUCAGCUAGUCCAGCUAACCACCGACUUAAGUCUUACAAGAACAAAGCCCUAGACUCCCAGGAAUUACGCCGGCGACGUGAAGAGGAAGGUGUACAACUGAGGAAACAGAAAAGAGAGGAACAGUUGUUCAAGCGUCGAUUUUUACCACUUCCGGGAGAUGAGAAAGAUGAUGCGUUUGAUGUUCAGGAAGCGUUUGUCAGUUCCACUACAGCUCCUGGUGGAAUUUCGCCUGACAUGGUCACAGCUUUGUACAGUGAUAAUCCUUCAGAACAGGAAGCUGCCACACAGCGCUUCAGAAAGCUCUUGUCUAGAGAACCAAAUCCUCCCAUAGAUGAGGUCAUACAGACUGGAAUAGUUCCACGAUUUGUCGAAUUUUUACAGAAAGAAGCUAAUUCUGUGUUACAGUUUGAGGCAGCAUGGGCCUUGACAAACAUCGCCUCUGGCACCUCCAUGCAGACGCGGGUUGUAAUAGAGGCAGGGGCUGUCCCAAUAUUCAUAGCUCUCCUCAGUUCACAGAUAGAAGAUGUUCAGGAACAGGCGGUUUGGGCGUUGGGCAAUAUUGCUGGCGACAGUGCUGAGUGCCGGGACUAUGUAUUAAACCAAGGCAUCUUGGUUCCUUUAUUACAGUUAUUAAGCACCACCACAAGUCUAUCCAUGACAAGAAAUGCAGUAUGGUGUUUAUCAAAUUUAUGUAGAGGGAAAAAUCCACCUCCUGAAUUUGCCAAGGUUCUGCCAGCCCUGCCUGUGUUGGCCCGCCUCCUCUUCCACACAGACAAAGACGUGUUAGCAGACGCCUGCUGGGCUCUCUCCUAUUUAUCAGACGGUCCUAAUGAGAAAAUACAGGCGGUCAUAGAUUCAGGGGUUUGCCGGAGACUCGUGGAAUUGUUAAUGCAUGGGAACCAGAGUGUGGUGUCUGCUGCAUUGCGCGUGGUGGGGAACAUUGUCACAGGAGAUGAUUACCAGACCCAGGUGAUACUGAACUGUUCAGCCUUACCCUGCCUCCUCCACCUGCUCAGCAGCUCGAAGGAGUCCAUUAGGAAAGAGGCCUGCUGGACGAUUUCAAAUAUUACCGCAGGAAACAGAAUGCAAAUUCAGGCUGUCAUAGAUGCAAACAUUUUCCCAGUUUUAAUAGAAAUUCUCGGUAAGGCUGAAUUUAAGACAAGAAAAGAGGCAGCGUGGGCGAUAACCAACGCAACGUCCGGUGGAUCACCUGAACAAAUUAGGUUUCUGGUGGAACAGGGCACCAUCCCGCCCCUGUGUGACCUGCUGACUGUGAUGGAUGGGAAGAUCGUCCACGUCGCCCUCAGUGGGCUGGAGAACAUCCUGCGCCUCGGGGAGCAGGACGCCAAGCUUCACAUGGCCACAAACCCUUACGCGGUCACAAUAGAGGAAUGUUACGGUCUGGACAAAAUUGAAUUCCUACAAAGUCAUGAAAAUCCAGAAAUUUACCACAAAGCCUUCGGCAUUAUUGAGAGGUACUUCGGUUCUGAGGAAGAAGACAAGGAAAUAGUCCCAACGGUAGAUGAGAACAACCAGCAAUAUAAUUUCAAUGCGGGAGAAAAUGCACCAAUGGGAGGUUUCCAAUUCUGAAGGGUGUGUAUAUGAGACAGCGAGAGUCACAAAUCUUUUCCAGUUUUUGCACUGGAGAUCUGAACCCUGUCAUCACAGACGCUGCUGUGGAUCGUCAACUACUCUGGGUUAAGUUACAGGUCUGUGAUGCAUAUUUCAGAUUUUUUUUUUUUGCCAAAAUUAUGUAAUAUACCAUCAGGCAAAAUUUCGUCUGUUACUGAAGCCCAUGGACUAGGUAGCAAAUGUCACUGGUUUAUUUCUUCACAGACUUGAAGUGAUAAACGUUGUCAAGUGACCAGUUGGUACAUUCUGAAAAACAGUAAAGAUGGGUUGUUAUGAGAUCAGUUAGUUCUUCCCCCACCCCCUCCCAAAACCAAAUUUUGGGCAGAAUUGCCACCAUAUUGUAGUCUCUUUCAAAUAUCGAAUACCCACUGAUUAUGUAGGAUUUGUUAUCUGGGAACUUAAUUGCUGUUGUUGUUGCUUCCCUUGUUACCACAAAUUCCUGCCUAAUCGAGCUGAUGUAAUUUCACAGCUUCCGUCUCUCGAGCCAUUGAUCGGUGGUUGUAGUUUGACUUUUUAUGAGUGUUAAUUUGUGGCCAGAUUCAACAUCUGUACCAUG